CCGGUGCUGAAGCCCGGCCUGGCGCCGCCGCAGGAAGGCUGAGAGGCGCGGCGGGAGGAGCUGGUGGCGCCGCCUGGCUCGCCUUGGGCUCGCCAUGGACUGAGCGCCGCUGGACGGGCCGCGGGGAUGGGGCUGCCGCUCCUGCCGCCGCCGCUGUGGCUGCUGCUGCUGCUGCUGCUGCUGCCGCUGCCGCCGCGCGCCCUGCCCGCCGCCUCCGCCCCUCGAGGCCGGCAGCAGCUCCCGGGGCGCCUCGGUUGCCUGUUUGAGGAUGGAUUGUGUGGACCAUCAGAGGCCUGCGUAAAUGAUGGAGUAUUUGGAAGAUGCCAGAAGGUUCCGGCAAGAGACACAUACCGCUAUGAAGUGUCACCAGUGGUUCUGCAGCACCUGAGGGUCACCCUGCAGAAGCUGUCCCGCACAGGUUUUACGUGGCAGGAUGACUAUACCCAGCAUGUGAUGGCCCAGGAACUUGCAAACCUCCCCAAAACCUACCCGAGGCAUCCUGAAGCUCCCAGCUCAGCCAGGACCUCAAAACAGAAUGUGGAUACUGAUAAGAGACACAGCCUGGAGGAUGAUGUCGCCUUGGCCAAGACACUGCAGCGCUACCUGCCAUACCUUGGGGCUCUGUCCCAGGCCACAGCGUCAAACGUGUACCCCAGGAAGAAGCAGGACAGAGCUACAACCGAGGGUUACAGCCCAUUUCCUGACAGCAUCCUGACUUAUGUGGCACACACCUCCGCACUGACCUAUCCUCCCGUGUCCCGGAUGAAGUACCCCGAGGAGCUCUCACCUCGGGCAUUCAGCCGACUCCAGCCGGAUGAACUGAGCCCCAAGGUGGACAGCAGCAUGGACAGGCAGCACCUGAUUGCAGCCCUCAGUGCUUACACUGCACAGAGGUCCCCUGCAACCUCCAGGGAGGGUGAUCCAGGGCUGCAGUACCUUCUGCGUGCCCCCUCAAGAGCACCAAGGCCCUUCUUGGCACCAUCAGUCUCCCAGAAGUGGUCUUCACCUCCAGAAGACCCCAAAGACCCCAGCAUGGAUGAUGAAGUCCUCCAGAAUCUGCUGAAGGAUCUGAGGAAGCAGCAAGCAGAUGUGGACAGCCUGAGCUCCCUGGAGCUGGAUGAGAUGGCACACGUGAUUGCCAGUGCAAUACAAGGUGGGGAUGCAGGAGGAGGCCAGGCUGGCCGUGGAAGAGGAGCUGGAGGAGAGCCGAGAGGGCAGGUGGACAGCCCGGCAGCCACGCUCCAAGAUAACAGAGUCCACGGUGACGAUGAUGAUGAAAGAGCUUACCAAGAGGUCAAUCGUUUGAGUGUGAAACUCGGUGACCUGUUGCAGGAGCGUGGAUCUCAACUUUCUCCUGGAAGUCCCACCCUUGUAAAGCCAUUCAAGACAGAGAUGAAGAAAUCGGAGGAGCCUGAGGCUUCCCUGUCUUCCGAAGAGGAGAAUGCUGGGGUGGAAGAUGUGAGAAGCCAGACUUACUCCAAAGACCUGCUGGAGAUGCCGUAUUCAGAACCCAGGCUUAGGCUUGAGGAGCCCCCAAACUGGACCCAAGGGCCUGUGAAGGAGGAGCAGAGCCUCCCAACCAGAGUGCGAGGACCUGCCAGUGACACUUUGCAGCUGGAGGUCAAGUCGUCAGAGGAAGACGAGUAUGGCUACGUGGUGACACAGCACGACCCCCUGAGCCUGGAGAAGGGGAAGCAGCUGAUGGAGGACAUUGCCCGCCUUCUGCAGGUGCCGCCGAGCAUUUUCUCGGACAUCAAUGUUGUGGGAUCCGCAGUGACCUUCAAGGUGAAUGCCAAUGUCCACAAUGUGACCACUGCUGACAUUGCGAAGACCACAGCUGACCACAAAGACAAACUGGAACAAACUUCAGGACUGAAAAUCCUGCAAACUGGAACGGGGUCGAAGAGCCAGCUCAAGCUCCUGCCUCAUCAGGCCGAUCAAGAAGAUUCCACCAAGUUCGCCUUGCUCACCUUCCUCUCGGUGGCCUGCAUCGUGGGGGUCCUCUUGACUUCCGGCCUCAUCUACUGCAUCCGCCACAGCUCUCACUACAAGCUGAGAGAGAAACUGUCAGGACUAGGGGGCCACGCAGGCGCAGAUGCCACGGCUGCGUACCAGGAACUGUGCCGCCAACGCAUGGCUGUGCGGCCAUCGGACCGCCCCGAAGGCCAACACACAUCCCGCAUCAACAGCGUCUCCUCCCAGUUCAGUGAUGGGCCAAUGCCCAGCCCCUCGGCCCGGAGCAGUACCUCGUCCUGGUCCGAAGAGCCCGUCCAGUCAAACAUGGACAUCUCCACUGGCCACAUGAUCCUGGCUUACAUGGAGGACCACCUGAAGAACAAGAACCGCCUGGAGAAGGAGUGGGAAGCGCUCUGUGCCUACCAGGCAGAGCCCAACAGCUCGCUCGUGGCCCAGAGGGAGGAGAAUGUGCCCAAGAACCGCUCCCCGGCAGUGCUGACCUAUGACCACUCCAGGAUCCUGCUGAAAUCAGAAAACAGCCACAGCAAUUCGGACUACAUCAAUGCCAGCCCCAUCAUGGAUCAUGACCCAAGGAAUCCUGCCUACAUCGCCACCCAAGGACCACUUCCCGCUACCGUGGCCGACUUCUGGCAGAUGGUGUGGGAGAGCGGCUGUGUGGUUAUCGUCAUGCUGACACCCCUCACGGAGAAUGGCGUCCGCCAGUGCUACCACUACUGGCCCGAUGAAGGCUCCAACCUCUACCAUGUCUAUGAGGUCAAUCUGGUCUCCGAGCACAUCUGGUGUGAGGACUUCCUGGUGAGGAGCUUCUAUCUCAAGAACCUGCAGACCAAUGAGACACGCACGGUGACCCAGUUCCACUUCCUGAGUUGGUAUGACCAGGGAGUACCUUCCUCCACGAGGCCUCUCCUGGAUUUCCGAAGAAAAGUAAACAAGUGCUACAGGGGCCGUUCUUGUCCAAUAAUUGUUCAUUGCAGUGACGGCGCAGGCAGGAGUGGCACCUACGUCCUGAUUGACAUGGUUCUCAAUAAGAUGGCCAAAGGUGCUAAGGAGAUUGAUAUCGCGGCAACCCUGGAGCACUUGAGGGACCAGAGACCGGGCAUGGUCCAGACAAAGGAACAGUUUGAGUUUGCGCUGACGGCGGUGGCCGAGGAGGUGAACGCCAUCCUAAAGGCCCUCCCGCAGUGAGCGGCGUGGCCCCCGGAGCCUCGCAGGAGCCCCUCCCACCCCCUGGGAAUCGUGCUAUGAUUUUCAGUUUGUGUCUGCUGUUGUCACUGCAUAGUAAUAGGAUCCUUCUUACAACUCCCGCAGUCAGUACAGUCUAGCAAUUAAAAUGCGCAUUUCCGUUUGACCAGA